CUAACCACUGGCGCACUGAGACAGCGAACAGCUCGGCUCAGCUCGGGCGAAGUCGAGGGAGCAGCAUCGCAGACCGUUCAGAGCCGGCUCAACUCGAUCUGCUCUCAAACGACAAGCUGCGAAGAUGUCCACAUACACAUCUGCCGACUCGCAUCGCGUCAGCCCCUUGGUCAACGGGAUCAAAUUCGACACUGCCCACCGCAAGAAAGCCGUGCCUUACAUCUUUGAAAAUGUGAACCAGGACGUGCUGAUGAAGCUGUUUCAGAAAACCGGCGACCUGAAGGCGGAGGAAAGGGCGAGAAGCAUCUACUCUUCCGGCCAAAACCAAGAGGAGACGUCCAAGGCGCUUAUGGCACUAAAGCAACGGAAGAAGGACAAGUUUAUCCAGAUCGCCGGCUUUGCCAGACAAUCGCUGAAACUCCAAUAACUCUCUACCUCUCGCCUAGUACGGCGAAGAUGAACCCAGACCCGAUGCGUUGCUUGCCCUGGUGAACGCAAGUCGAAGAGAGGCGGACGGAGAACGCACUGCGAGGCAAAUCCGAGAUGUGGUGUAGCCUACGAACAAGACAAAUUGUUGCAACCACCAAUAACGUUGUGGGUGUCGCUGCUUCGUUGUAGAACAAGGCAGAUGUCGCACAAAAGGAUCGAUUGAUGUGCGAUUUUUAUGAACCCGGAGACGCACAACGUGAACUGGUCGACCCCAUGACAAUGUAUGCAUUAGUUCAAAUGCGCUGGGUUGCAAUUGCACCUCAUAGGUGAAUCGAUGGGCUUCUCUGCUGUGCAAGAACUAAACUCGAGACUGUUCCCGCAGGAGCUGUGGAAAGCGCACAUGUACAGAUGUCUCUGUACCAGAUGGAAACCUUUUGAUAAGUGUUUUCACGCUGUGGUCAUUAGGAAAUAGGCCACUGCCUUAAUGAAAAGCAGAAUGUUAUGAUGGUUAAUACAUGUCAUGCAUUCCACCGUUUAAUAAAUUAUUAUUUUUUA